AUUCAGCAGCUGGAAGCGCUUCAACGUGACCAACGUCCAGUUUGUGCUCACAGUCUUUGAAAGAUGAGGACCGUGCUGCUGAUAUCGCUGGGCAUCGCGGUGUUCACCGUUUUGGUCUCCGCUGAAAACAAAGCGACGAACACUAUCUCAUUGUCGUCCGGAGCCUCGCCGGUCAUCCAGAGUAACACGAUUCAGAAGUUUAUUGAAGUGCUGGGAAAGUAUGAGCUCGAGGAUCAACGAGCCCUGAAAAGAGUCUACCUCAGCAACAGGUCAAUAACGUGCAACGACGGAUCUCAGGCCGGAUUUUACCUGAGAAAAUCUCAGGGCUCCAAACGGUGGGUCAUAUUUCUUGAAGGCGGUUGGUACUGCUACGAUCACAGAAGCUGCAGGAACAGAUGGCUCAGGCUCAGGCACCUCAUGACUUCUACACAAUGGUCGGAGACCAGAGAUGUUGGUGGCCUCCUGUCUUCACGCCCGGAGGAAAAUCCUUUCUGGUGGAACGCCAACCACGUAUUCGUGCCCUACUGUACAAGCGACACGUGGAGUGGCAGCAGAGCGACGCCAAGUGACAUGUUCUCAUUCAUGGGAGCGGAGAUCGUGGCCCAAGUGGUAAGGGACUUGAUUCCCUUGGGCCUGGAGAACGCGAGCUCACUCCUGCUGGCCGGAAGCAGCGCCGGAGCAACGGGAGUGAUGCUGAAUUUGGACCACGUGCACAGCUUGGUCCACCAGGAGCUGGGGUUAAAACACAUCGCAAUACGCGGGGUCAGCGACUCCGGAUGGUUCCUGGACCGGGCCCCGUACUCUUCCAAUGGCCUACCUGCCACCGACGCUGUCCGGAAAGGCAUGGAGCUCUGGAAAGCCAAAAUGCCCCGCAACUGCGUCCUCAAGUAUCCCCACGAGCCGUGGAGAUGCUACUUUGGCUACAGACUGUAUCCCACACUCUCCGUGCCUCUUUUCGUCUUUCAAUGGAUCUUUGACGAGGCCCAAAUGACCGCUGACAACGUCGGAGCACCAGUGACGAAACAGCAGUGGGACUACAUUCAUAAGAUGGGUGACAGCUUAAGACAGACUUUCGAGAAUGUGACGGCAGUCUUUGCACCGAGCUGCAUUAGCCACGGAGUCCUGACCAAGAAGGACUGGCAAUUGGUCAAGAUCGAUGAAGUCUCGUUGCCACAGGCGCUUCAUUGCUGGGAGCAAACGUCACUUGGAAAUAAACGUAACGAAAAUAAUCGUGACCACGUCGAAACAAAUCAGCCCUGCGCAAAGUCCGCCAGAAAGCUGCUUCGUUCGGGCCCAACGAAGGUGAACGGCACCUUUUUGGACGGUGGUAAAAUCCGGAACGGUUCCGUUUCGGAGUCCAGGAAGAACGGGCUGGACGGUGGAGGUCCUGCCGAGGAGAGAAAGGGGUCUAACAGUCCGUCGCAGGGUGGACGAGCCGGGAACAAGAGGCGACGAAGAAAAAAACAUAAGGGUCGAAGGAGGGAACGAAACAAGGAUGGUAGACAGAAGAAGGAUAAGCAGGAGCGGAGGCGAGGAGGACGAAGGCACGGUGGCAGGUACGGAAACAACCACACGGCCAUGCUGAACGGCACGAGGCCACAACGAUCGGUGAUACCUUCGAACAAACGGAAGUGCGGUCAGGGCUGCCAAUUCCGUUUUAUCGAACGCUGCACUUGGCCACAGUGCAAUCACAGCUGUCCACGACUCCACAAUCCAUUCACAGGCGAGGAAAUGGACUUUAUCGAACUCCUCAAGAGCUUUGGCCUCGACAUGAAGAGCGUGGCCAACGCUUUGGGCAUCGACAUACAAACCUUAAACAAUAUGGACCAUGACGAACUCCUCAAUCUUCUCACUCAACAAUCGCCCAAUUGACACGGUCAGC